AUGGCAGCUGGAAAAAGACCCAAGAACACAAAGAUAGAAGUGGCGUAUGGCUUCCUCACCUUCAGCGGAGACAACGUCUUCAGCCCGUUAGCAAAGUUUGAGGUGGUGACGGCCAAUACCGGGACGGGACCAGUGCACAUACGAUGCGCCUACAACAAGAAGUACCUGCGACGCAAAGAUGAAACUAGUGGGUACAUUGCUCCUAAGGCUGAUGAACCAGACGAGGACCAUGCCAAAUGGUCGUGUACACUGUUUGAGCCUCUAGAAUCUGCCGAUGGCGACAGCGGCAAGGCCAAGCUUCGCCAUGUCCAAAUGAAACUAUAUGUAACGCCAUUUUACACAGGAAGCAAAGACAAAAACAAGAAUUAUUUUUUGUGCAAUCGGAGUUUCGAAAGUUGUACUUAUGACAUCGCCGACUUGGAGUCGUUGGUGAUAUUGCCAAGGCAUGUCGCCUUCAAAGGCCACACAGGCUAUUACCUUAAGAUUGUCUCGAGUGGGAUGUUCCAGUUCGUCUCAAAAGAUAAGGGGCUUCCUGAGUGCUGGUUCGAGGUCUACACUAAUGGCCACGGAAGAGUACAAAUCAAGUCACGCCAAAGAAACAGUUACUUGUUCAACAUGGGUAACAGGAUCCAGUUAUAUGACUCAUCUCCAGACAUGGAAGCCACUGAUCCAAGAACCUUGUUUAUGCCGGUGAAGGUCAGCGGUAAUGCGAUCGCGCUUAGAAGCUUGUGCGACAACAACUAUUACUGCGCACAAUACAGUGACGCUAAUGGAAGCGACUUCUUGCAUGCAUGCUACGGCAGCAUUGCAGCCGACUCGCGCUUCAUUCUGGAAGAGCUUGUUUUGUCUAGGAAAAUCUACAAUACUGACUUCGACCUCAAGAAUGCGAUUAUCUACGGCGAGACCCCGAUCACCAUGGCCACCGCCAACGCCAGCAACGACACCGCAAAAGACAACACUGCGGAGUUCCGAUUCGAGUACAAGGAUAGUACGAGCAGCAUGUGGAACUCCUCCAGCUCAUGGAGUGUGGGGAUGGAAGUCAGCGUCAGCUUCAAAAUUCCAUUCAUCGGUGGUACUGACGUCAGUAUUUCCGGUGAGUAUGCCGAUUCGUACGAGGAGGGAACAGCUGUGACGACCGAAAACACAUUAGAGACUACCUACACGGCCACCGUGCCGGCUAACACUUCGAUAUCUGUGAGCCUGAUGGCGACGAGAGGAAAAGGCGACGUGCCUUACUCUUAUUAUCAGAAGGACGUGCUUUACAACGGUAAAACCGUUGUCUAUAAGAAAGAUGACGGGCUAUACACGGGUAUCAAUUCAUACAACUUUCGCUACGAGGUUACAACAUUGAAAGGGCCAAAAACUAGAGCUGAUUUGCCGACCCGAGAGCACAUGUUGCCGAACCCGUCGGUCAAUCCCUCCGUCGAACAAAUGCUACCAGUGCCGGCCGCGCCGUCUGGAUCAACCACCGGAGUGCAAAACAAGGUGAGCAUUUCCACCAUGGAACAAGGCUUGGUGAAAAUGGAAUUAGAAGACGCAGCAGCUCAGUCUGUCGACAUGAAACCCUAG